AUGUCGAAUAAUUUAAAGACAUACGAUGAGAAUGGUGAUAGGUGUGUGAUGUUGUUUGGUGUGAACAUCGCAAAAAAUCUUGUCACAGAUGAUGACACCAUGAACGAGAGUUUUAGUCUGGAAAACUUCAAUCAUAGACCUGAUGAGUAUGAAAACGAAAAUCAAGAAUUUGAUACUGGUCAAAGUUCCAACCAUGAACACAUCAAAAAGGUGAAACCAUGGACAAGGACGGAGCACAAGGCUUUCUUGAAAGGUCUAAAGGCUGUUGGAAAAGGCAAAUGGAAGCGAAUAUCGAAGGAUUUUGUGGUGACCAAGACUCCUACUCAGGAAGAAAAUGAAAAUUCAAAAGCUACUGGUGCUUCUUCUGUAUAG